AUGAUCGGCCAGGUUCUGGAAGGCCACUAUGAAGUGAUGCAUGAGCUGAGAGAAACGAGAGAAGGAAAGCUUUAUCAUAUCCUUGAGGACCGACAGGAUGAAAAUAAAAGGAAGAUGUUGAAGGGAAUUGCACUUCUUGGACCAAGAGAAGAAAAUGAUGCGAUUUUAGAAAGAGAUACUCUUCAAGAACUAGAAAUGGAUUUUUUUUUUCUGGAAAAUUUGAAAAUUGAGAAUCUUAGCUGA